CUGGUACAAAAGUGAACGAGGUGAUUCAAUGACUGGUGCUAAAGGUGAUAGGGGACAUACUGGACCGCAUGGUGCGGUUGGAGCAAAGGGUGAACCGGGGCAACCAGGAUUGCCUGGCUUACCGGGUCAAAUUGGACCGUUGGGAAUGAAAGGAGAUACUGGUCCGCCUGGACCACCAGGGCCUGGAGUUACUGGCUUUUCUUCGAAUUCCAAAAAUAUUUCGGAAUGCUAUUGUCCGGCUGGCCCGCCAGGUGAAACGGGAAAGAAAGGAGAUGCCGGCAUUAUUGGAAUGCCAGGAGAAAGUGGUGAAAAAGGCAGCAAAGGUGUUGCUGGGGUAAAAGGCGACCGUGGACCUGAAGGUCCACCUGGUCCAGCAUCUGCGGAUGGCAGCAAUACAUCGAAGGGUGAGAAAGGUGAUCGCGGCCAACGUGGUCGACGUGGUAAAACUGGUCCUCCAGGUCCUAUGGGUCCAUCAGGCGUAGCUGGAAGUAUGGGAGAUAUUGGAUUGCCUGGUUGGCCUAAUAACAAGGGACGACCUGGAAUUCCCGGACCAAAGGGUGAUACUGGACAGAAGGGCCAAAAGGGUGAAAUUGCGGUUGUGGAAGGAGGACGUGGCGAAAAAGGUGAAAAGGGUGAUUCUGGCCAAGGAACUCAAUAUAUUCCGGUACCAGGACCCCCUGGACCACCAGGACCGCCAGGAGUAUCGGUAAUGGGCCAAAAAGGAGAACCUGGUAUGGAUUCGCGAAGUCCAUUCUAUGGUGAUUUAACACAUUCCGGCCGAGUCGGAAGUGGAAAAUCGAGUUUAGAUGAAUUGAAAGCAUUAAGAGAACUAAAACAUCUGAAGGAAGUUGAAGAUAGCACAUUCGGUCCUGCCGGUCCGCCAGGCCCACCUGGACCCCCUGGACGUGUGUAUGAGGAUUCUUCAUCAUACGGUUCAUUGCCAACGAAUGGAAAAAUUGUGCCUGGAGCUGUCACGUUUCAAAAUACCGAAGCAAUGACGAAGAUGUCUGCUUUGAGUCCGGUGGGCACCAUUGCGUACAUAAUUGAUGAGGAAGCACUUUUAGUUCGAGUUAACAAGGGGUGGCAGUAUAUUGCGCUGGGAACAUUGCUGCCAGUAACAACACCUUCACCGCCGACAACAAUAGCACCUCCGCCAAGACCUGACCUCGAGGCAUCCAAUUUAUUGAACAAUGUACCAUAUCCAGUGGAAGGACCAAACUUUACGAUGACUCCUGAAUAUGAAUCGUGGUAUCCGAAAAUGCUACGAAUGGCAGCUCUAAACGAACCAUACUCUGGAGAUUUGCAAGGUAUACGAGGAGCAGACUUUGCAUGCUACCGACAAGCUCGUCGUGCUGGACUCUUAGGAACAUUUAAAGCAUUUUUAUCAGCAAGAGUGCAAAAUCUUGACUCAAUUGUUCGUACAAACGACCGAGAUCUUCCUGUUGUGAAUACCAAAGGAGAUGUGCUUUUUAAUUCAUGGAAAGGUGUAUUUAAUGGCCAAGGUGGAUUGUUCUCUCAAGCACCACGAAUUUAUAGUUUUAGUGGGAAGAAUAUACUCAACGACAAUACAUGGCCUCAAAAACUAGUUUGGCACGGUUCGAGAGCGAAUGGCGAACGAGCAAUGGAUACAUAUUGUGAUGCUUGGCAUUCGGCAUCAACAGAUAAAGUGGGACUAGCUAGCAGUCUCAUGGGAAAUAAACUAUUAGAUCAGGAACGUUAUUCCUGCGAUAAUCGAUUUGCUGUUCUCUGUAUAGAAGCUUUGUCACAAGACAGACGGAAAAAAAGAGAUUUGCAAAGAUCUGAUGACGAAUUUGAAUCGGAAGAAGAUUAUGAGACAUAUCUACGAACGCUGUAAUCACACACAAACAUACAGUAUUGCUCAUGUAACGAAGAUGAAAAAUAAAUAAAAUAAAAAUCAUUUGUGAACAUAUCGUCUGGAAAAUCACUCAGAUAAAGCAACAUGAACAUCUCGAUAAAUAUAAUGUUUAAAGGUGAGAUUGGAAUCAUUUACGUUUGAUUGCGCUUAAUUUUUUAUUAACUGUAAGUGUUUUUUUGUAAAUAAAUUUACUAAACUGUGUAAUAAAAUUAAAACAAAAUGGAAAUUAGUUUUAUGUAUUUAAUACUCUAGUUAAAGUACAGAACUAGCUAAGGAAGUGUAAAAUUAAGUUAAAAGAAAGAAAAAAAACGUAAGAAAAUUAAAAGUAAAAUAAAUUAAUUAAAUGAAAUAAAUGCCAAUUUACCUGUAUAUUUAAAUGAAACUUAAUUUAAAAUCAACAGAAAACUACCUACCUAAUUAUUAUCAAUUCCAAUGGACUUACACACAUAGCUCCUAAUUUAACCAAUAUAUUUUCUGUCAUCGACUUCGAAACGACCAUUUAAUUAUUUUCGUUUAUUAUUAAUUCAACAUUCUGUGUUUCAUUCGAAUUAAAAUCAUUAGAGCAAAACAUCGCUGCCAUAAUUUUAAUUGUGUAUUAUGUUACGAUAAAGGCUAUCCGACUAGUUCAUUUUAUAUACCAAAAAUUCUAAAUUGGGAAAUACGAACUUUGUACGUUCCAACUUAUUGGAAGAUUUCGAAUUCGAAUUUUAAUCAGAAAAUCUGAUUCGCUUCAAUAAUGGUAGAAAUAGACAGAUAAUUCGAAAUUCUAAAUAACACAAAAAAUAUUGAACCGUUCAGGUAGAUGAAUAAUUGAUACAGAAAAGGUUUAUCUCUAUAUUUCAUUACAACGUUUUCCUUUCAGUAUAUUAUACACAAUGAUCGAAGUUUAUGUCGUUCAUUAACAUUGGAGUUAUACAUAAUAUUCUGCCUGUAAUGCCAAUAAUAAUUCUCAGUUGGGAUUUUAAACGUUAUUAUCAAAUUCAACGGGCAUUGCAUAUUAUUUUUCAAUAAAUAACAUUUACAUAGUAUUUACCAUGACCAAUUUGUCGUCCGUCUAUAUACGCCUCCCGCAUUUAAUAACCAAAUGGGAUCAUUAAUUUUCAACUUUUCGAUGGAAGCUUUAAUGUUAGCUUUCAAAAGCUGAACUAUUCGUCGUGUUAUUUCAGGUAAUUUAUUUUUCAUUUAUUUUUUUGUGCAUUUUUUUCUCAUUCAUCGUUCGAAUUACAUGCUGAAAGAGUCAUACAAAAUUUACGGCCUGGAAAAAUUCAUUUUCCCCCGAAUCAUGCUAGUCAAUUCGAAAAUUUCUGUGAUCAUUUG